AUGCACUCCAAGCUCCUCGCCGUGCUCAGCCUGUGCGUCGCCGCCUCCAUGCUGCACGUGGCCGACGCCGGUGCCGCUCCUGCAGGCCUCUCGCCGCACCGCCACCUCGGCGCCAACCAGAAAGACUAUGGACACCACCCGCGCCGCCACGACCACGACCACGACCACGAUCACCGCAAGAAGCACCGCCACCACGAUCACGACAAGUACUACCGUCGCCGUCUCGAAGACGCCAAGAAGGCCACCGAGUCCUCGGACUACGACGACGGCAAGGAUGACUACGGCAAGGACCGCAAGGACGACUACAGCUACGGCAACGAUGACUACGGCCACCAUCACAAGGACGUCUACGAGUACAAGGGCUGCGACGACUACGGCUACGGCCACGGCAAGGAUUACUAUGGCAAGGACUACUACGGCAAGGACUACUACGGCAAGGACUACUGCUAUGGCAAAAACUACUACGGCAAGGACUACUAUGGCAAGGACAACUACGGCCGUGGUGACGACUACUACGGUGGCAAGGACGUCUACAGCUACGACUACGGCUACGGCUACUACCCCGACUACUCGAUCGGAGGCGGCUAUGGAUACGGAUACUACCCGGACUACUACUCGUCUUACGGUGGUGAUUACAGCUUCGGCUACGGCUACGGAUACCCCAGCAACUACGGCUAUGCUGGCUAUGGCUACGGCUAUGGUUACCCUGGUGUUGGCUUCGGCUUUGAGUCCGCACCGACGGGUGGCGACGCUGGUCAGCAGGAGACUGGUGGUGUGAGUUCGGCCACCACCACGGAAGACGUUGCCUCCAAGUCGGUGGAGAAGGACAGCAAGACGCCGUCCAAGGGGUCAUCCGGCAAGUCCGGCGCUGCGGACAAGUCCAAGGGCAAGGGCAAGUAA